AUGGGGAAGACCAAAGAUGCUGCAAAUGAAUUGAAAGAGCUGAAACAGGAAGUCCAAAUGGACGAACACAAGAUCAGUCUUGAAGAAUUGGCCACACGAUAUGGAACUAACAUCGAAACUGGUCUGACCACACAAAAGGCUGCGGAGCAUUUGGCCAGAGAUGGACCAAACGCUUUGUCUCCACCCAAGACCACUCCUGAGUGGGUCAAGUUCUGUAAGAACUUGUUCGGAGGUUUCGCUAUGCUUCUCUGGGUUGGAGCUAUCUUGUGUUACAUCGCUUAUGGUGUCGAUUACUUCACCAUGGAAUACCCAUCCAAGGAUAACCUCUACCUGGGAGUUGUACUUAUGAGCGUCGUUAUCAUCACUGGUUGUUUCCAAUAUUUCCAAGAAAGCAAAUCUAGCAAGAUUAUGGAUUCCUUCAAGAACAUGGUCCCCACUUAUGCCCUCGCUUAUCGUGAUGGACAGAAGAAACAGAUCCAUACUGAAGAACUCGUCGUUGGAGAUAUUGUCGAAGUUAAGGGAGGAGAUCGUGUACCAGCUGAUCUUCGUGUCAUCUCUGCUUUCGGUUUCAAAGUCGAUAACUCUUCUUUGACUGGAGAAUCUGAACCACAAAGUCGUUCCCCCGAUUUCACCAAUGACAAUCCUCUUGAAACCCGUAACGUCGCUUUCUUCUCUACCAACGCCGUCGAAGGAACCUGCAAGGGUAUCGUCGUCUUCACUGGAGAUAGAACUGUCAUGGGACGUAUUGCUCACUUGGCUUCUGGUUUGGACACUGGAAUGACUCCAAUUGCUCGUGAAAUCGAACAUUUCAUCCACCUUAUUACUGGAGUUGCUGUCUUCCUUGGAGUUACCUUCUUCAUCAUCGCUUUCGUUCUCGGAUACCAUUGGCUCACCGCUGUUGUUUUCCUCAUCGGUAUCAUUGUCGCUAACGUACCCGAAGGAUUGAUUGCCACCGUAACUGUCUGCUUGACUCUUACUGCCAAGAGAAUGGCUAGCAAGAACUGCUUGGUUAAGAACUUGGAAGCUGUCGAGACUCUUGGAUCUACCUCUACUAUCUGUUCUGAUAAGACCGGAACUCUCACCCAAAACAGAAUGACUGUCGCCCACAUGUGGUACGACGAGAGCAUCGAAGAAUGCGAUACCACCGAAAACCAAAGUCACUCUGGUUCCAAGAAGAGUGGAGAAACCUUCUCUGCCCUCCUCCGUGUUGCAUCCCUCUGUAACAGAGCCGAAUUCAAAGCUGGACAAAAUGACGUACCUGUACUCAAGCGUGACUGCACUGGUGAUGCUUCCGAAAUCGCUCUUCUUAAGUUCACUGAACUUGCUCAGGGUAACAUCUUGGCUGUUCGUGAAAGAAACCCUAAGAUUGCUGAAAUUCCAUUCAAUUCAACCAACAAAUACCAAGUCUCUAUCCACGAUGUUCCUGAUAUGGACGAGUACCUUCUUGUAAUGAAGGGAGCCCCAGAAAGAAUUCUCGAUGUGUGUUCCACCAUUCUUCUCCAAGGCAAAGAAGCUGAUCUUGAUGACAAAAAACGCGAACAAUUCAACACUGCCUACCUCGAACUCGGAGGAAUGGGAGAACGUGUUCUUGGAUUCUGUGACUUCAAGCUUCCAAAAGACCAAUUCCCCAAGGGGUUCAAAUUCGAUACUGAAGAUGUUAACUUCCCACUUAAAGGACUUCGUUUCGUCGGACUUAUGUCCAUGAUUGAUCCUCCCCGUGCUGCUGUACCAGAUGCCGUCGCCAAGUGCCGUUCUGCUGGAAUCAAGGUCGUCAUGGUUACUGGAGAUCACCCAAUUACUGCUAAAGCCAUCGCCAAGUCUGUCGGAAUCAUCAGUGAAGGAACUGAAACCGUCGAAGAUAUUGCUGCUCGUCGCGGAAUCCCUGUCGACCAAGUAGACCCCCACCAAGCUAAUGCCGCUGUCAUUCACGGAUCUGAUCUCAGAGAGAUGUCUGAGCAACAAUUGGCUGACGUUAUCCGCAAUCACUCUGAAAUUGUCUUCGCUCGUACUUCUCCUCAACAAAAACUUGUCAUUGUUGAAGCUUUCCAAAGCCAAGGACAAAUUGUUGCCGUAACUGGAGAUGGUGUUAACGAUUCUCCUGCUCUCAAGAAGGCCGAUAUCGGAGUUGCUAUGGGUAUCGCUGGAUCUGAUGUAUCUAAGCAAGCCGCUGACAUGAUUCUCCUUGAUGAUAACUUUGCUUCUAUUGUCGUCGGAGUCGAAGAGGGACGUCUCAUUUUCGAUAACCUCAAGAAAUCUAUUGCCUACACCCUCACUUCUAACAUUCCUGAGAUUUCUCCAUUCUUGACUUACAUUCUUUUCGGAAUCCCUCUUCCACUCGGAACUGUUACCAUUCUCUGUAUCGAUCUUGGAACUGACAUGGUUCCCGCUAUUUCCUUGGCUUACGAAGAAGCCGAAUCUGACAUCAUGAAGCGUCAACCCCGUGACCCCAUCCGUGAUAAGCUUGUAAACGAACGUCUUAUUUCUUUGGCCUACGGUCAAAUUGGUAUGAUCCAGGCUUCUGCCGGUUUCUUCACCUAUUUCUGGAUUAUGGCUGAUAACGGAUUCUUGCCAAGAGAUCUCUACCAACUCCGUGCCAAAUGGGAUUCUCGUGCUUACAACAACGUCGAAGACUCCUACGGACAAGAAUGGACUUAUGCUAACCGCAAGAUUCUUGAAUACACUUGCCAGACCGCUUAUUUCGUAUCUAUUGUCGUCGUACAAUGGGCUGAUUUGAUCAUUUCCAAGACCCGUAGAAACUCCCUUGUCCAACAAGGUAUGGGUAACUGGACUCUUAACUUCGGUCUUGUCUUUGAAACUGCUCUUGCCUGGUUCAUGUGCUAUUGCCCAGGACUUGAUAAUGGUCUCCGUAUGUAUGGACUUAGAUUCUCUUGGUGGUUCUGUGCCCUUCCAUUCUCAGUUAUCAUCUUCAUCUAUGACGAAGUUCGUCGUUACCUUAUCCGUCGCUAUCCAGGAGGAUGGGUUGAGAAAGAGACAUACUAUUAG